AUGGGUGCCGCCAGCAGCUCUGUGGACGUUGUGAGGAUGAGGGACGACGCGCGACAGCAGCAGGAUGAGGAGGAGAAUGAGGAGAGGGGGGAGGAGGGGGAGGAGGAGGAGGAAGAGGAGGGGGAGGAGGACGGCGAGGAGGAUGAGGAGGAGGAUGAGGAGGAGGAUGAGGGGGACGAGGAGGAAGAAGGGGAGGGCGGGGAGGAGGGGGAGGAGGAGGAGAGCGCGGGCGCGCUGUGGCGGCGGUUGUGUCGGGUGGUGCGCAUGCGGUGGGGGGGCGGCGAUGGGCGCAACCACUGCGACCGCCUGGCGGAUGAACAGGCAAGGCUCGCCACUGGGGGCGCGGGGAUGCAGUGGCAGAGGCGACUGGUGGACGUGCUGUCGCGCCUCGGCGCGCUGGACCUCACGCGCGCCGCUCUCACGUGCCGCCGCUUCAAGCGCCUCUGCCACCAGGUGCAUGUGAUAGACAACGCGGGCGAGAGUGUGAUAGAGGUGGCGCGGCUGCUGCGAGUGCUGCCGGGCAUCCUGGGUACGGCCAGUGUGGUGCGCCUCGUCAGCCCUGACAACGAGCGCGACGCUGCUGCUGACAUCAUCGCCAUGCGCGCACACGGCUUCCCACACUCCGCUGCUGCUGCUGGUACCCCUGGUGUUACCGCUGAUGGUGCUGCUGGUGGGACUGGUGGUGCCCGUGUGCAUAGCAGCAGUAGUGGUAGCAGAUCUGGCAGUGACGGUGUUGCUGGCAGCGAGCGUGUGCGUGGGCGGGUAGUCUCUGGGAAUCUGCGAGGCGGAGGAGCGGGUGGGGAACGCGCGGUGAGAAGUAAUGGGGCGGGAGCAGCAGAGGGAGCAGGAGCAGCAGGAGCAGGAGCGGCAGGAGCAGCAGAGGGAGCAGGAACAGCAGAAGCAGCAGCAGCCCCCUCCUCCCCCUCACAGGCAUGCAGGCAACCAAUAGAGCAGGGAGGGGCCCAGGGAGGGGAGGGCAGAGGUGCGUACGAGUGGGGGGGCACGGAGCUAUCGUGGACGAACCUGCCAUGCCGGCAGGUGAAGAGCGUGGCCAUGUUCCUCAGCCCGUCCCUCACCUCGCUCACACUGGGCGUCGUGCACGUGCGCCGCCACAGCCUCUCCACCAUGGCCGUGUUACAAGCGCUGCCCGGGUCGUGCCCGCGCCUGCGCACCCUGCAUGUGACGUGGAGCUGCCUGCAUAAGGAGGAGUUGCUUGCUGGGUUUAGAGGUGCGCACGCCCGCGCGCUGCUGCUGGGGGCCACGCUUCCAGGCGGGGGAGGGGGGAUUGGAGCCGCAGCCGCUGCAGCAGCAGCAGCAGCAGCAGCGGCACAGGAGGGUGAAGGGGAGGCAGAGGGGGUGCAGGGUGGAUGGUGGAGUGGAGGGGACAGUGAGGGAGUGGUGGGGGCGGACAGGGAGAACACUCAGCGUGCAGAAGAGGGUGAGCAAGGCGAGGGUUCCUUGCAGCACGGCCAGGACUCUCACCUGCUGCCCCAUCCCUUGCCUGGCGGGCCUGCAUCGGAACUCUCUCCUACUGCUAGUGUGCCUGUUGCUGCGCCUGUUGCUGGUGCGGGUAUGGGAGGUGGUGGUGUGGGGGGGGCGUGGGAGGGAUGUGAGGGACUAGAAGGUCGAAGGGGACGUGGGGAGGGUGAGAGGCCAUGUGUGGUUGGGAGGGGGAGUGCACAUGAGGGCGACACUGUCGUCCCUGCGUCUCUCCCUGCCGCUGCCCCUGCUGCCAACCUCGCUGCUUCCCCUGCUGUCGCUCCUGCUGCUGCAGGCCCUGUUGCCAGCCCCACUGCUGCGGACGGCCAUGGUGAGAUGGGAGGCGGAGCAGCAGAGGCGCAAGGAGCGGUUGAUGAGAGGGGGGAGGGCGAGGGGGAUGAGGCAAGGACACAUGAAGGGGAGACAAGAGGGGAAGAGGACAGGGAGGCGAGCGAGGCAAGGACAGGGGAGGGGGAAAGGUUGGGCGAAGCACAGGAGGUGGAGUGGGAGGGUGGGAAUGGAGCGGGGGAGGAGCAGCAGGAGCAUGAGGGAGAGGAAGAAGCAGGUGAUGCCAUGGCAGCAGCAGCAGCCGCGGCAGCAGUCGUGGCUGCGGCUGCUGCUGCCGCCUCCGCAGAAGACGGCAUAGAUGCCCCAGCCGCAGCCGCAGCAGCAGCAGCAGCGGCAGCGGCAGCAGCAGGAGGUGACGUGCCUGUGCGGCUAGUGGAGCGGGGGCCCACAUCAGUCCUAUACGGUGCAGGCAUCAUGACCAGUGCUGUGGAACGUCUACUCGCGCGCUGCCCCUGCCUGCACUCGCUGCGCCUGCCAGGGCUGCUGGCUGCAGGGCUGGCAGGGGGGCAUGCGCAGCUGCAGCGGCUGGAUGUGACGCUGGUGUUUGAGCUGGGCACGGCGGUGCGCGUGCUGGAGCGGUGUGUGCGAGUGUUCCCCAAGCUCACGCACCUGCGCAUGGCCACACAGCUCAAUGCGCUGCCGGGGGAUGAUGGCUCCCUGCCUGACCAUGGCGGGGCCACUGAGGUGCUCGCCCCUGCUGAGUCACAGCUACAGGAGGUGGAGCUGGAGAGCUUCCGCCUGCCGCUCACCAUGGCCCUCACCCUCCCCCGCGUGCGCCGCAUCAAGCUCUACCGCGGGGGCGUGCACGCCUUCUCCCCCCCGCCCUCCCGCACCCUCACCCUCGCGUGCCCGCUCCUCACCGACCUCGACAUCGACUUCCUCAUCUCCGCGCCCUCCCUGCACGCCCUCGCUGCUUCAUCCCCCCUCCUCCGCAUUCUACGAGUGCGCCACCCGCCCGCCACCAUCCACCUGGGCGCGGCGUGGCAGCACCUGCGGGAGCUCUUCCUGGGGGGCCUGGGGGAGAACUACGGCGCGCGGGAGAUCUCCCUCGCGUGCCCGCGCCUGCACCAGGCCACAGUCGCCCUGGGGGUAUCCCACACAGACAAGCUCUCCGUAGACUGCCCACUCCUGCAGGAUUUCCGCGUGCUCAGCUUUGGUCUCGACGCUGUCCUCUGCCGCUUCCACUGCCCCUCACUGCGCUCGCUAGCCCUCGGGGGAAUCGACCCCGGGCCUCUAGACAGCAUCGGGCGAGGGUGCCCGAGCCUGCGCAGCCUGGAGGUGUGCUGCCCAAAAGCCCACCACGUGGUGCUGGGGGAGGAGUUUCCACAGCUGGAGCGAGCAUCCAUAUCCGGGCUGGGGGUGUGCCGCACGCUGCAGGUGCACUGCGCGCGACUCACCUCCCUCACAGUCUACUGCACGUGGUCCGCGCCGUGCCUGGUAGAAGCCACAGCGCCCUGCCUCACGCAACUCAACUUCCGCGCGCGCCCAGCCGAGUGGGACCAGCCGGUGAGAUUCGCCCUGCGCUGCCCACAGAUAGUCAAACUAGAGCUGCCCUUUGUUGUGGCAGAUCUGGCGAGCCUGGGAGGCACGUGCCCCCGCCUGGAGCAGCUGAGCGUGGACUAUGUGGCGGGGGGGGUGCUGCGUGUGGGGCGCGAGUUCAAGGCCCUGCGCACGCUCAAGGUGGCGCAUGCGCUGGCCAGCCUGCAGGACCGCCCGCUGCCGCCCAUCUCCGUGGUCGAUGUGUGCUGCCCUCGCCUCGUGACGCUCGUGUGCGGGUCCGCACCUGACAGCAGCAGCAGCAGUAACAGGCAUGAGGUGCCGCUGCAACCAUCCUCCCCCUCAUAUCCUGCCGCUGGUAGCGAAUCUUUCACAUCGACAUUCGUUGCUGCGCAAUCCACUUAUGCUGCUGCUGCUGCUGCUGCUGCUGGCGGCAGCAGCACCUGGGCGCACCAGCGUGUGCCGGCACGGGAGAGGCAGGGCAGCAGGCGUGUGAGCUACUGCCGCAUCGAGUGCCCCGCGCUAGACCUCCUAGAUAUCGGCUUCCUGCCCCUGCCUGCCCUGCACUCCAUCGCUGCUGCCUGCCCCAAGCUCAGAGUCUUCCGGGCUGUGGGUCCCCUGGUUGACUGGCGUGUGCUAGGGGCGAGUGCAGCCGGGCAGGUUGACGGCAGCAGCUGCAGCAGGAGCAGCGCUGGAGGUGCGGCGGACGUGGGUAAGGAGAGGGUUGGUGGCGGCGCAGCAGGUGUGUGUGAGCCGCUGAUGAGUGAGGCACUUGCUGCGACGGGGCGGCGGGGGAAGAGGCCGAGAGAGAGUCCGGGGGCACGGUCAGGGGUUGGUGAGGGGCCGCGUGGUGAGAUGGUGGAGCAGAGGAGCAGGUGGGGGAAGACAGGAGUAGGGGCGCCAAAAGAAGGGGGGUUGGAGGGUGGAAGGAUGGGUGACGCGGGGGAUUGCAGUGGUGAGGGGAGGCAGGUGGCAGGAGGCAUGGCUGGUGUGUGCAGUGGUGGGGAGGGUGGGAGAGUGGAGGACAUGGGUCCAAGAGGCGAAAGCGUUGAGUUGCACGGUGCUGCACAGCACGUGGACAAGCAUACGGAUGGCUCAUCUCCUCCCACCUCCUCCGCUUCCCAGCCAACCCGUCCUGACCUACUCUCCUCGCCCACCAUUCCCCCUCAUUCCCCCACCUCCCCACCCACCGCGACCCGUCCUGACCCCCACUCCUCCCAGCACCCCCCCCUGCCGCGCUGCGUGUGCGCUGCCAUCCACGUGGGAGCAGCGUUUGAGCGCUUAGAGCACCUCUCCCUCACCCUCCUCGACUCUGCCUUCGGAGCACACUCAGGCCACCCCGUGCCACCGCCCUCGCCCAUCGCCCCCCCUUCCUCCUGCUUCCCACCGCGCACCGGGCUAGGCCUGGGUGUUUCUGCAGGGGGGGGUGGCGGUGUGCGGUUUGCCUCGGCGGCGCUGUGGCCUGGUGUGGCUGUAGGGAUGGCCCGGUCGCGCACCAUCAGGCAUGGGCGUGUGCCUGAUGCUCCGCUGGGUAGGGCGCUUGUGCGGGAGAGCGUGGGAGAGAGGUCGUUUCGGGAGAGAGAAGACAGGGUGGUGAGUGUGGUGCGUGGGGAGAGCGGGGCUGCAGGGGAGAGGGUUGGGCGCGAUGUGGGCGAUGAGGGGGCGGUGGAACGUUGGUUGAGCGGAGGGGAGGGGGUUGUUGAGGAGAAUGAGGAAAGGAGAAGAGUGAGCGAGGGAGGGCGGGAGGCAGGCGGGGUGGGAGAGGCGGUGCAGAGUGGUGCAGCAGGCGAUGGGGUGGGUGGCGUGGGGGAGAGGGCGUCUGAGAGUGGUGGCAUGGGCGGGGGCUUGCAGGUGGGAUCAGGGCGUGCGAGUGGUGAGCGUGCGUGGGGUGGCCUUCUAGAUUCCAGGCAGGGCGGAGCACGUGAGACGAGGGGGACAGGUGAGACGAGGGGGACAGGUGAGACGAGAGGGACAGGUGAGACGAGAGGGGCAGGUGAGGCGUUGGAAAGAAGGAGUGCAGUGGAAGGAGGUGGUGAUGGGGCGGUGGCAGCGGUGGCAGAACGGCAAGCAGGCAGUGCGGCAGCAGCAGGAAGUGUGGCGUGGGUGUCGGGGCUGCGCCGCGGGCAGAGGCGGCGAUUGGCAUGGGUGGAUGAGGGCGGGCUGACAGGGGGGAGCAGUGCUGUGAGCUCUCAUGGAGAAACGGGUGGCAGGGGCGCUUCAGGGCGUGCAGAGCGCGGGGGAGCGUGGGGGCAGACGCGAGUGGAUGAGGUUGGUGUGGAAAGGCUUGGGGCAGAGGAAGCAGGGCAGACAGGUGCACGGGGAACACAACAAGCAGCAGCAGCAGCAGCAGGAGCAGCAGCAGCAGCAGUGCCUGGGAGGGGCGACGUAGUAGGGGUGGGUGCAGGGCACGAGGCAGGGCGGUUGAUGGAUGCAAGUGGGCGUGGGGGCAAUGGCGAGGGCCGUGGUGGCGGCAGUGGUGGGGAAGAGCGUGAGUGUGCACGCGUGUGUGUGGACGUUCAUCUGCGCUGCCCGCUGCUGAAGCAUGCAGAGGUGCUGCUGUGUGUGGGGCGACUGGGGGACGUGCGAGUGCACUGCCCCUCCCUCAAGAGCUUGCUGCUCGUGCAUGGUGAUAGGGGCAUGGGAUACGGGGCAGGGGUUGGGGGGAGGGCGUGUGGGGGUGAGGGAAGGGAAGGUGAGCAGGCAAGCGGCUGCGACGGGGGUGUUGGAGGAGCGAGCAAGGCGGAGGAGGGUAGGGAUGGUGGUGGGCAUGGGUUGAUGGACAGUACGCCUGCUGCUGCUGCUGCUGCUACUGCCUCUGCUUCUGCUUCUGCUGGUGCCACUGCUACUGCUGCUGCGUCGUGUACUGGAGGAAGAGCCGUGUGUCCAUGCUGUGUGUGCACAGAGCCACACACGUUCACAGUGGAGUGCCCGCAGCUGCAGCGCUUCAAGUGGGUGCAGGCCAACAGCCACCGCCGCAUCUGCACUCCCAUGCUCCACGCCAACACAAGCCUCUCCCCCACCCACCUCUCCAUGCUCUACGGUGCUUCCGCCUCCUCCCCUGCCCGCGCUUCCUCCUCCGCGCUCGCUCCCUUCAUCCCUCCCUCAUCCUCGCUUCCCACCUCCACUCAACGCGGUACCACCUCCACCUUCUCAGCAGCACCUGCAGCCUUUUGCUUGCCACCACCCCCGUCCUCCUCAGCCCACCCUCCGGCCUGCGCUCCCCCGUCGCUCACGGCAUGCCUGCCGUCGUUCAGUUUCGGAGCAGCGUGUGCGGCGGUGAGAGAGGUGGACAUUUCCAAGUGCUGGGGGGUGCCCACCGCAGCUGCCCCGGGAGGGGACUUCCCACGCACUGCCGGCGCAGCAGGCAUCAGGGCUGGGCCGGGCAGGCUGUGGGGCAGGGGGGUAGGGAGUGGGGAGCACGGCGGGAUGAUGGGCGGUGGUGGUGGGGGGGAUGGAACUAGGGGGAAUGGGGACGGCAGAGGAGGGAGGGAGGGUGGAGGGGAGUGUGGGUCGGCUGUGGUGUUUGGGCCGGAGUGGGCGAGUCUGCAGAAGCUGCUGCUGUGGGAGGUGGCUGCCACAUCUAUCACCGUUGCCUGCCCAAGGUUACAAAAGCUGACUCUAUGUGUACCUCCAUCGUCCGCUCACACAUCUGCUGCCACAAGCAUCACCAUCAACUGCCCCACCCUCUCCUCUCUCUAUCUCGACCUGGGCAACGGCCCUUCCUCCUCCACCUCACAUUCUCCACCCCCGUCAACCACCGCUCCUGCCGCCGCUACCUCUGCCACAGCAGCUCCAUCCCGCGUGCCCUCGCAUGACCACCCACCCCGCAGGUCACUGCUGCUGCCUCCGCUGCCCCGCAUUGCAGCAGCCCCUCUGCUCACACGUGCUGUCAUUGUGGCUGCGCUGCCAGACUGGGCGCUGCUCUCCGCGCUCUCACCACUACUGGGCCCAGCGCUGGAGCACAUGUAUGUCGUCUCGCAUGUGUUGAAGGACCCUGCAGGGCUGGAGAGGGAGCUGGGUCUGAGGGCCGUGGGGUCGCACCAUCACAUCUUUGCAUCCCAUGUCCUCACACGGGCAUUCAACGAGUUUGCUGAUCUCUUUGACCGCCGCGCCUUCCACACGCUGUGA